AGAGCAAUCAUAAGCCCGCCAGUGUCGGUUGUUGAUUUACCACGACGUGUGCUUAGUGACAAGGAAAAAGUGUAUUAAAAAGAAGAAAAAAAAGUGCAUCAAUAUUCCGCCAAAAAACGAAAUCCCGGCAUGGACGAGAACACAAGGCUGAGCGACGAGUUUAUUGAAAAUUCGGAGGAACUAUCGCCACCAGAAAGUAAACGAGUACGCUUAGACGAUGGCUGUAAUAAUAAUUUAAAUGAAAUCACUGAAACGUCAAAAAGCAAUGCGACUCAUUGGUCAUGUUCGGGUGACACAAGUUUUGUCGAACCGGAAAUUUUAGAAGACAUGGGUGUCAGUAUGUUGGAGGACGAGGAGAGUUGUGAGAAUGAUUUGAAAAAACCACGACUACAGGAACCAUCUCCAACUCAAUCACAAAUUAAAAAUGUCUGCAGCAGUCAGGAAUCAGGAGUCUACAGGCAUUCCAGUUUCGAUACUGUUGUACCCGACAAAUAUGACAGGCUGGAGGACUUAAUAGAUUUUGAUAAUCAAACGAAUUUCACAUCGACGGAAAAUGAAUCCGGUUAUGGCUCAAGGGCAGAAAUGGAGGCAUUCGUCGAUGCGAAGAGUAGUUUUACAAAAGAUGAAUUAAACACGACUUCGGAAAAAAGUAAUAGUUUAGAUUUAGAAUUCGGUUUGAGGCGGAGAAAAAAACCGUCAAUCGUCGGCGAAGACAAGUUCAACAAAUUGUCCGACGAAAUGAUCUUGAUGAUCUUAAAGUGGCUUCCAAAGCAAUGUUUGGUGCGUUCGAUGCUGGUGUGUAAAAGAUGGUGUCAAAUAGCGAGGGACGAGGCGCUGUGGACACGCUUAGAUUUGGGAAGUAAAGUAUUGAGUGAUGGAAACUUAGGUCAUAUAAUUCCCCGUGGAGUACAAAUCUUGAGGCUGGCACAGGCAGAAAUUGCCUCGCCGGUCUUUCAUUUGAAUAGCGAGGCAUCUGCUAUUCAUUACACUAGUAAAUUACAAUAUUUAGAUCUCUCAAUGUCAGUCAUUGCACCUUGGGACUUAGCAAUUUUAAUCUCAAAAUGUAAAUAUUUAAAGAAAUUAUCACUCGAAAAAUGCGUAUUGGAUGGAUCGUGUUGUGCAGCUAUUGGCGAUAAUGUAAAUUUAGAAGUAUUAAAUUUAACAAUGUGCGAGGGAAUGGACGUUGAAUGUAUUCGUAAUUUAAUGAAAUUAAAAAGAUUAACUGCCCUUAAUUUGUCUUGGUGUUGCCUUGACAAUGAAUGUAUGACACUAGUUUGCAAAUCAUUACCUCCAACCGUCACCCGAUUAAAUAUUGCCGGAUGUCGAAAAACUCUUCUCGAUGACAACGUGAAAGAUUUACAGAAAAAUUGUCCCGAUCUGGUGGAAUUAGAUUUGAGUGAUUGCACAUUGUUAACGAUAAACACAGUCCACAGUCUUCUGAAAUUUACGCACCUGGAGCAUUUGUCGUUGAGUCGCUGCUACAGUAUUCCAACCUCGAUGUAUAUUAGAUUAGCAUACAUGCCGUCUCUGAUGUAUUUGGAUUUGUUUGGUCUAAUGACCGAGCCAAUGCUACAAUCGUUUCAGGCUAAUUGCGACGAAACUGAAAUCAACAAGUUCCUAUAUAGUUCGGUUGCCAGGCCAACAGUUGGAGUGAGGAGAACAAGCAUUUGGGGUCUGCGAGUCAGAGAUUAAAUUAACAUAAUCAGGAAAAACAAUUUUUUUUUUCUAAAAAAAGGAAGAAUUAAUAACUCUUUCUUUUUUUUAUAUAGACUGAAAAUCCGAAAAAAUUCUAAAUUCACAUAAUUUAAAUAUAAUUUAAGUGAACUUCUUUUUGCCAAACAUUGAAUGGAUUUUCGUGUUUUUUUUAUUAUAGUUUUCAAAUACUUAAAAGUAUAGAAAAAAAUCAAACGUGAUAAGUAAAAAAAUUAUCGCGCAAAAAAAUGAAUCAGGUAUUUACUUUCAUUAUUUCUUAGAUUUUCUUCAAUAUUUGUAUAUAUUAUAUAUUUUUUGAAGUAUUGCACAGAGACUUGUUAAUUUUUCAUUGUUCUCUGAGGCUGUGCAUUAAGGGUAACUUUAUUAUUUUUUUAAAAAAAUGAAUCAUUGUCUCUAAGAAUAAUUUAUCACGAAAAUUGAUCAUAUAAUUCAAAAAAUUAUAUAAAUUAACAUUUAUCAGAUUAAUUAAAUUUUUUUGUCCUUUGAAAAUUGAAUAACUAAAAAUUGUAUUAUAUUUUAAUAUUGAAAUUAUCGACUUUUAAAUUUGUCAUGAUUUCAUUUGCACGAUUCAAUCAUUUUUUUUUCACACAAUCCCCAAAAAAAUGUUUAUCCUCAGUUUUUACCAGGUGCCUUGUUGAGAUGAUUUAUGAAAAAAAAUGAAAUGUAACCCUUAGUUUUAAAAGCAACAUUGCUCCCAAAAGAAUUUUAUCCAUUGUGAUUAUCAUGAAAAUACCUUAAAUAUUAAAUGUAAUGUUAUUUUAUAUUAUGAAACAUUCUCAUCAAUAUAAUUAUAACAAAUGAAA